AAUCCUCAAAAUUCUUCGUAAAAAUUUAUUCAAAAAAAAAUCUAAUAUUAUUAUUAUUCAACAUAUUUAUUUUGUGUUUUAAUUUAUUUAUUAACAUAUUUAUUUACUAUAUUAAAUAAUUAAUAUUAAAAUGGAUAAAAUUAAAAGUUAUUUUGAAUUUGAAAAAAAAUUAAUUUGGACAAAUGUUAUAGCAAUAACAGCUCUUCAUGCACUUUGCCUUUAUUCAUUUUUAACAUUUCCAUAUAGUCAAUAUAAAGGGCUUGUAGUAUGGGGUUUUCUGGUUGGACAUUUGAAUGGCCUGGGAGUAACUGGAGGCGCUCAUAGACUUUGGACACAUAGAGCAUACAAAGCUAAAACUCCAUUAAAAAUAUUUUUAGGUUUAUGUUAUUGUGGUGCUGGUCAGAACAGAAUAUAUGAGUGGGUAAGAGAUCACAGAGUACAUCAUAAAUACAGUGAAACAGAUGCUGAUCCUCAUAAUUCAAAUCGUGGUUUUUGGUUUAGUCAUGUUGGUUGGUUAAUGAUGAAAAAACAUAAAAAUGUAUACGAACACGGCGGAAAAAUAGACAUGAGUGAUAUUGAAAAUGAUGAAGUUGUUUCAUUUAUUGACAAACAUUUUACAAUAUUGAAAAUAUUGUGCUGUUUUGUGAUUCCUGUCGUUAUACCAGUUUAUGUAUUCAAUUAUCCAUGGAAACCGUCAAUAUUAUCACAAGUAGUUAUGCGUUAUCCUGGUGUACUGAAUGCGACUUGGAGUGUUAACAGCUUUGCUCAUCUAUGGGGAGGGAGAAGUUACAACAAAUCAAUUGGACCAGCUGAAAAUUUACUUGUAUCAUUUGCGAGUGGUGGAGAAGGAUUUCAUAAUUAUCACCAUGCUUUUCCAUGGGAUUAUAAAGCAUCCGAAUUUGGUCAUAUCUUUAAUCCAACAACAGUAUGGCUUAAUUUUUUUCACAAAAUAAAUUGGGCUUAUGAUUUGAAAAAAGUAUCUCCAGAACUUAUUAAAAAAAUCGCUGAAAAACAAGGCGAUGGAAGUUGGGUUGAUCAUUAUGAAAAAAGUUAUUAAUUAUAAUUGAAUAUAAACUUGAUAAUUUUAUUACGUAUCUGAAUGUAUUAUUUUUAAUAAUUGAUGUACCUACAAUAUUUAUAUA